UAGCUAAUUGCCUGGAGGCUGCCUCCGUCGGGCCCUCUCAUAUAAUGCUGUUUCCUCCCGGCUCUUGCACUCUCCUUGAUCGAUCCUCCCAUUGGCCGGUCAUCAUCACUGCCACCCCCCACGCCUUGCCCCCUCUUCUCUUACACCACCGCCUGCGCGAAAGUGCCGUCAAAUGUGGUACGUGACGUAGUGGCCGCUGGCUUCUGCUACUUAAGAACAACUCGCCCAAUCCUUCCUUCCUUCGAUCGAUCUUCCUGCCUCCGACGCCACUCAACUAGCUCGAUCGCUCUGCUAGCUACUUCAUGGGCAUCGAGAUCGACCAAUCCGAGCUCCUGUCUCGUCAGCUCCCGCCGGUCCGGACGUCUGCCGGCGCCGGUGACGACGACGACGGGUGCGCCACGCCGACGGCGGCGGCGAACGUGCUGCCCGUGCCGUCGGCGUGCCCCCCGGCGCCGAGGAAGCCGAGGCCUGCGGCGCGCGCCACCAAGAGGACGAAGCGUCUCUGCUGCUGCCACCGCGGGCGGCGGUACUGGAUCGUCGCCGUGCCGCGCGACCUCGAUCUCGCCGCGGUGUUCGCGACGCGGCCUCCGUCGAGCUCGGCUGCAGGCGGGGGCUCGCUGGCGUGCAGCUGGCCCGCGGCGGCUGCGAAGAAGGUCCGCGUGCACGUCACGGGGUGAUCUGACUGACACGGCCGGAUGCAUGCUGCAUUGCUGCAUAUGCGUGUAGGCGGGAUCCAUAGCUAGCUUCUAGCUAUGGCCGGCCGGUCAUGCGUGGCGACUACAAGAGAUGAAGCGCGCGGCACGGCAUUGCGUCUAGCUAGCUAGCUAGUUUAGCAGUUUAGUUUUGCUUAAUUAAUUAUUAACAGCCUCAGCUGGCUAGUGUAGGUUUAAUCUAGUUUCCUUUUCACGCGAAUAACCAAGUGUAAAUGUAGUUGAUUAUAUAUUGUUCAGCAAAGUGAUGAUGGAGUCAAUUCUCAUACGGUGGACUUAAUUA